GAUCUAGAGAUAUAGAGAAAUCAGAUGCUUGAACUAUCGCAACAUAAUAUGUGUAGGAUGUAAAUGAUGAUUAGUUUAUCUGCUUGGGCAUUCAAGAAAAAAGCCAGAUAUGACAUUUUAACGACUAGUGAAAGUGACCGGUUUAGUCUCAUAUCUCAUUUUAUUUACGCUGACUGUAUGCAGAAAUGUUUGCUCGUUUUGUUUUUCAUUGCCUUAACCAUUUCAGACAUCAACCAUAAAUUACCAAUUGACCAUAAUUUCCUGUAACCUCAGUUAUAUGACUACCUACUAUCUGUAGUAGAAACCACCUGUGGCCUGUGCUGUGACCUCUGUAGUGUGCCUGAAAACAGUGGAACCUCCAAGUGUAGGUCACUUCACUUCCUUCCUUUAUCUAUUAAAGAUACUGACUGCAAAGUCAUCUGAACUUUUUUAAUUCUUUUCUUGUGCAUGGCCUUUUCCCAUGUCCCGCAAGAACAAUAUGCAGACGAGAUGUGGUCGUUUUGAUGUGUUGAGGGUUGCUUUUCUCCAUUUUUGGGACCGUUUUCCUACCUCUUAAGCUAGACAGUAUGGGCCUAUGGAAACAGCCGAACACGAGGAGCUUGAACUAAUUAUCAUAACUAUGGAACUGUGUCACACCAAGAUGGCGACGCGUGCAAAACAUCGUGACUCUGCAUCGAUGUCGGAGAGUUUUGAGUCGGAGGGAUAAUUUGUGGUUUACAUUCAUGAAUAGAUCCGUGAAGCAAAAGACGAAUGUACAGUAUCUCUUCUCUGUUACUGCUUUUGCGUUCUCGUUUCUCAUCUCAUUAUCUCUAGCCGCUUUAUCCUGUUCUACAGGAUCGCAGGCAAGCUGGAGCCUAUCCCAGCUGACUACGGGCGAAAGGCGGGGUACACCCUGGACAAGUCGCCAGGUCAUCACAGGGCUGACACAUAGACACAGACAACCAUUCACACUCACAUUCACACCUACGGUCAAUUUAGAGUAACCAGUUAACCUAACCUGCAUGUCUUUGGACUGUGGGGGAAACCGGAGCACCCGGAGGAAACCUACGCGGACAACAUGCAAACUCCGCACAGAAAGGCCCUCACCGGCCACGGGACUCGAACCCAGGACCUUCUUGCUGUGAGGCGACAGCGCUAACCACUACACCACCGUGCCGCCCCUGUUCUCGUUUCUUUAUCUGUAAAAUCAAAACCUUAGGUGUAUACCUGUAACUCCAUACUCAGACUCACCAAUCCAAGACAAGCGCUGCAAAUUCUGUCAGAUUUCGCACCUGUUUCAUCCUUCUUUCGAUUCCAGGAGUCGGCCUGUCCCUUCACGAAAAUUCUUGCGGACAACCUUUAGGUUUCCAUCGCUUUUCUGGCAUGCUUUCUAGCGGAUUCGCUUUUAUAUUUUCCUUUUCUUUUCCGCUGGCUUUUAGCUGGCGGGAGAGCGGAGUCCGCCAUCUUUGCCUAUGCCGACUUGUUCUGGUUAAAAGUAGGUCAAACACACCCCACAGUGGUCACAUGAUAUUGUUGCUCACUUGCUUCGGCAGUCUCCAGAAUCGUAAAAUGUGGGAUGCGUUUUAUCUCGGCAAAACAUUUACACAUAGGAUCCACGACGUGUGCAUCAGCGCAACUCCUCAGUUUCAACUCAAAUCACCGUGAAACAUCUCAAAAGUCCGACAGCAGCAAAUAGAACAUUUUUGCCCAGAAUUCAACUUUGCAGUCAGAACCUUUAAAAUCCAUGGUACACUGCACUAAUAUUACUUUGGAGACACAACAUGAAAUUAUAGAGAUAGCAUUCAUUGAGGGUGAGCAAAUUUUGUUCUUGUGUGUGUGUGUGUGUGUAUGGUAUUGCCUUGGGGAUGUUCUUGUCAUCCAGAGAGCAGGCUGGGCUCCAUUAUCAGAAUGGAUUGCCCCGUUGCCUUCGUGGGCCUUUCGUUACUGGUUUUGGCCCAUGAAUACAAAGAGACAAGACAGUUAUGAUUUGAACAACUCCACCAUGUGAUUGAGUGUAGUAUGGAAAAAAAGGCUUGCGGUCUCCUCUUUCAUCAGACAUUAGCCUGUCUGUGCUUUGUCCUCUGAUCUGUUGCUGCAAACCAAAACUAAAUCGAAUUUGGAUUGAUUUAUUUUGUUUGUGAUGGCGUCAGUAGUGCUUACUAGUUGAUCCAGCAGUACAGACAAUUCCUUCGUUUGCUUUCUGCCUCACACACGACCUGUGGCACAGAUGCCUUGGUCUUGCCAAAGCUGUCAGUGGUGUGUGUGUGUGUGUGUGUGUGUGUAUGAUAAAGACUGUACUGUACUGUACUUCCAUAACCCUCCAUGCCUCCCCUCCUCCUCUCCUGUGAUUUGGAGAGUCAAACUCUUCCUGCAGUGAGGCCCCUGAGCAGGGGGCAUUUACAACUGGGAAAAUGUCCAGAAACAAACCCCGACUUCUUAUAGCCACCUCACGCUUCUUUACUUCCCAGCGCUGUGAGCAGGGGGUGUUGGGGGAGUUAGUUUUCAAUAGAUUUUCUAGAUAAAUAACCCCUUCCUUUCCUUUGCUGGAAAAAGUGGGCAAGAUAAGGGUCUUUGCAGAAUUUUCCCAUUACUUAAUUCUUAGUUCAGCGGGCAACAAAAUGGUGUUGUUUUUCCAACGUAAGACGUUUUUAUGCCAAGUGCAACUUCACUCAGUCUGCGAUAUUUCCUCCUUAUAGGUGUGGUUUAUUGUAUCAUAUAUAAAUUCUCUACUAUCCCGAACAAUAAUGAACAAUCUAGGAGGUUCAAUCAGUACAGGGAGCCCGAGCAAAUAUUUGGAUUAGAUAAAGGCUUACUGUAGACUACAGAUUAUUUUUAAAGCAUCCAUGUGUGUCUACCUGACUUGAAGCACCUGGAAUUUGUAGGGAUACAAUACCAAUAUACAUGUGCACGUACAGACAGAGCUGCUCACAAAAGCCUACAGUCUCUGUUGAGGGCCUGCCAAACAUUUAAAGCAUAUGGCCCUAGUGCUUUGAAGCAGCCAGAGAAGCUAUACAGAUAUUUAUAAACUAAAGUGGAGGCCACAUGUUUCUACUCCACAUCAUCACCCCCUCUCUUCUUCUUCUUCUUCUUUUUCUUCUUCUUCCUUUCUCUCUCUCUCACCACUACUAAUCAAAAGUUUGACUAUACUAACAGAUUAACUAUAUAUUUUCCUUGUCUUGAAAACAUUUUGAUAAAGUAUUGUCGUUGACCCCCUCACAAACUUUCUUCCUAAUUUAGUUAUAGCCACCUCCCACUCACAGACUAUUACACGGCAGCUACCAACCAUGCAGGGCGAAGGCUAUCAUGUUCAUGCAGUGUCGGGGCUGUGUAACACACUCAGGGAAAAGCGCUACCCGCCCACCCUCCGCAUGAUGCAUGAGCUCACAGACGGCCAUGAUUAACUAGCAUCACUGUAAUUGACGGGAGAGAGAGAGUGGAUUGCCACCCCUCCCUUGCCCCUUUUCCAGCCCAGUUCCAGGGCUGGUUCGGGGCCAGUGCUUAGUUUGGAACCGGGUUUUCUGUUUCCACUGACAAAGAACUGGCUCCGGGGCCAGAAAAACCGGUUCCAGGCUAGCACCAGCUCUCUGCUGGGCCAGAGGAAAGAACCGCUUAUGUCAGCGGGGGGGCGGAGUUGUUAAGACCGACAACAAUAACAAGACCGCGAAAGAUCGCCAUUUUUAAGCAACGAGAAGCAGCAGCUGUACAAACGCGAAGUCAUCCAUUAUUAUUAUUGUUGUUGUUGUUGCUGCAUUGUUUUUGCUUCGAUAUUCGCGCCAAGGUUUAUGCAAACGUAGCGACGUAACUGACGUAUACAGCGACGUAAUGACGUAUACAGCGACGUAAUGACGUGUCUUCUCUUAGCACCGCGAGCGAUGGAAAAGCAAGCUGGUUCUCAGCUGGCUCGCAAGUUGAACGAGUUGUGAACCAGCACCAGCACUGGCCCCGAACCAGCCCUGGAACUGAUUUGGUGGAAAAGGGGUACCUGAGAGCACGGUCCAGUUUUGCUCUCUUGAGCUCCUGGCCACGGAUGGCUAUGGCAUCAUGCACAACACAGCAAAUGCUCAGUCAACUGUCUAUAAGUAAUGGUGUAAAUAUGAUGUACACAUUCAUCAUUCAUCAACAUGGAGAUUUCACAAAUGAAGCAGAGAAGAAGGCCAAACUGGUUUCCAUAAUGAACUCGAUGGAGGAGCAUGGAGAGGUGGAGGCCAAGCCUCAGAUGGCCUGUGGCACCAUCAACAGCUCACUGACCACUGCACCACCACCGCCGCCGCCACCACCACCGCCACCACCAACACAGCAGCAGCUAACCCAGGCUCUUCCCAAAGCUCAGCCACAACCACAAAUACAGCCUACACCCCAGCAACAGCAACAGCCUACAGACCCAGCAUCUCCUACAGUGGCCACCACGCCAGAGCCAGUGCCUAUAGGGGAUGGAGACAAGACCUCACCAAAGUCCACUGACACAGAGGCUGAGUAUGAGGAUGGCAGAGGCUUUGGCAUUGGUGAACUGGUGUGGGGGAAACUGCGCGGUUUCUCUUGGUGGCCUGGACGCAUCGUCUCCUGGUGGAUGACCGGUCGAAGCCGAGCUGCUGAGGGAACCAGAUGGGUCAUGUGGUUCGGUGAUGGCAAAUUCUCUGUGGUCUGUGUUGAGAAAUUGUUGCCUUUGAGUUCCUUCUGCAGUGCUUUCCACCAGCCGACUUACAACAAACAGCCAAUGUACAAGAAAGCCAUCUAUGAGGUGCUACAGGUAGCCAGCAGUAGAGCAGGAAAAGUAUUCCUCACCUGUCCUGAGAGUGACGACACUGACACCUGUAAGUCGGUGGACAUGCAGAACAAGCAGAUGAUUGAAUGGGCCAUGACAGGAUUCCAGCCCACUGGCCCCAAGAGCCUGGAGCCUCCAGAAGAGGAGCGCAACCCAUAUAAGGAAGUGUACCCGGAAAUGUGGGUGGAGCCUGAAGCCGCAGCCUAUGCGCCCCCACCUGCCAAAAGGCCUCGUAAAAGCACAGGCACAGAGAAGCCCAAAGUGAAAGACAUCGUUGAUGAAAGAACCCGAGAGAGGCUUGUGUACGAAGUGCGCCAGAAGUGCAGGAAUAUUGAAGACAUUUGCAUCUCUUGUGGAACCCUGAAUGUUUCUCUUGAGCAUCCACUCUUCAGUGGAGGAAUGUGCCAAAGCUGUAAGAACUGCUUCUUGGAGUGCGCGUACCAAUAUGACGACGACGGAUAUCAAUCUUACUGCACAAUCUGCUGUGGAGGAAGGGAGGUGCUCAUGUGUGGAAACAAUAACUGCUGCAGGUGUUUCUGUGUAGAGUGCGUGGAUUUGCUAGUUGGGCCGGGUGCAGCACAAGCUGCUAUAAAGGAAGACCCUUGGAACUGCUAUAUGUGUGGUCAGAAGCCUCAGUACGGGCUGCUGGAACGCCGGGUUGACUGGCCCAGUCGCCUGCAACACUUCUUUGCCAACAACCACGACCAGGACUUUGAACCUCCAAAGCUCUACCCUCCUGUUUUGGCAGAGAAGAGAAAGCCGAUUCGUGUGUUAUCACUCUUUGACGGAAUCGCUACAGGGCUGCUGGUGCUAAAGGAGCUAGGUAUUCAGGUGGAGCGCUAUGUGGCCUCUGAGAUAUGUGAGGACUCCAUCACUGUCGGUAUUGUACGGCACCAUGGACGUAUCAUGUAUGUUGGCGAUGUGCGGAAUGUCACUCGCAAACACAUACAAGAGUGGGGACCUUUUGAUCUUGUCAUCGGAGGAAGUCCCUGUAAUGAUCUGUCUAUAGUUAAUCCAGCACGGAAAGGUCUCUAUGAGGGCACGGGGCGACUGUUCUUCGAGUUUUACCGGCUUUUACAUGAAGCUCGUCCUAAGGAAGGAGAUGACAGGCCUUUCUUCUGGCUUUUUGAGAACGUAGUGGCCAUGGGUGUCAGUGACAAGAGGGACAUCUCUCGCUUUUUAGAGUGCAACCCAGUGAUGAUAGAUGCGAAGGAAGUGUCUGCUGCCCAUCGUGCCCGCUACUUCUGGGGAAACCUUCCUGGCAUGAACAGACCUCUGACUGCCAUGAACACUGACAAACUGGACCUGCAAGACUGUCUUGAACAUGGCAGGACUGCAAAGUUUGAUAAAGUGAGGACCAUCACCACUCGGUCGAAUUCCAUAAAACAGGGCAAAGAUCAGCACUUCCCUGUUUACAUGAAUGACAAAGAGGACAUCCUGUGGUGCACUGAGAUGGAGAGGGUAUUUGGCUUUCCCGUCCACUACACAGACGUGUCCAACAUGAGUCGGUUGGCGAGACAGAGGCUGCUAGGCCGUUCGUGGAGUGUCCCGGUCAUCCGCCACCUGUUUGCACCACUCAAAGAGUAUUUUGCCUGUGUGUGAAAGUCAGCGCAGUGAGGAGUCGAGAAUCUCAAACUGGUGUAUGAAAUAACAAGAGCCUUGUAUAUUAUUUACAACAUAAACAUCAAAGUAGGUAUUUCACGGUAUUUCUUUUUUUUAAAUAUUUGACUCUUUUUUUAUUCUAUUUAAUUGUUUUUUUUGUUGUUAAUUCAUUUUACUUUUUAGCAGUGUUAUCCAGAAUUUGAAUUGAUUUAUAUGUGCAAGCUAUACUUGAGAUGGGGCCUCCUAUCAAGGCAUUGAGAGACAAAGCAUGGGAGCAAAUGAUGGAAAAAUAGUAGAUCAUUCAUUUCACCAUCGUAAAUCAUGGAAAGUCUGAGUUAGUGACUUUUCAGUGAACAGGCUAGAUUGGGCUGGUCGAACGGGCUGCUUGAACGCUCGCCUUUCCUUUCCUCUGAGCAACUGAGCCUUUGGCGAGAGCAAAAUAGAAAAAAAAAAAAGAUCCACACAUAAAAAAAAUGGUGUCUUUCUCUUCCAUGUCAGGGGAGCUCUGUCUUAACGAAUCCAAAACACCACGUCACAAAUACCUCUUUGUUUACGGUUUCUAUACACAAUGGUAAUAAAAGGUACUACUGUAAUAGGUGACAAUAUGGUGCUUCAAGGUGGUGAAAAACAUUGCAACUCAUGUGGUGCUACUACUUCAGACUAGAUGUGGUUACCUUUAGACCAUUAGCCAGGUUUAAAAGAAAAAGAAAUAAAAUCAGAAAGUGACUCUAAACAAGGAUCCGUCAAGCCAGGUCUGCCACAUCUAAUUUUGUAUCUUUUACAGCCUUUUUUUACAAUACCGUACUGGUGCUCUAUGUAAACCUCAGUCUUGCAGUCACUGAGGUCAGUUUCCUGCAUUCGUGCACACACAAAACCUGCUGGCCUGCCACAUGGGCCGUGAUGUUUUUUUUCUCCUCUAUACCUUGAGAUAGAAGGCUGUGUUGAGCUACUUUUUUUUUCCUAGCUUCACACAGACCGGAAUCAUUACUGUACAACUCUUAGCAUGCGUGGCGGUCGCAGGGAGGGUGGUGUUGGGUUUGCUCCUGGCCUGCUGAACCCCUCUCUACAGUGCCUCUCGCAGGCUAUCCUCAGUCAGGUGCAACACUUUUAAAAAAUGGUGCGGCUUCACAAUGUUCUUCUACCUUUUUAUAGCUAAUUGUUUUGUGCUGUGUUACCAACAAUAUCGAGCACUUUUAUAUAUGUAUACUUCUUUAUUAUUUACGUUGGUAUUUUUUUUUUGAAUAUUUCUUCUUGACUCUUGUGAAUCAUUUUUUUAUUUGUUAUGUUCUAUGAUGUGAAAUGCUUUUAGCAUUAUAUAUAUGAGGUAGUUCUUUUUAUUUCUGUACAGUAGGGCUGUGCCAAUAGAUGUGAAAGAAUGGGUUAGUAGGAUAGGGGGAAAUUCACCCGUCACUCUGGUGAAGCGGCUGAAUGAAAAAAAGCCACCCUUUCCCACAUCCUCAUCUGCUACAGUGAUAUUUUGUCAUAAUCCACGUUAGGAAAGUUACUGUCUGCUCUCAGUGUAGUGCGUAUAUGAGCCGUACAGUAUGUUCUGUAGAUAUCCCGUCAGGUUAUUUCUUUCCUAACGCUUAACUGAUGCUUCUCUCGUGUUGUCAUUCGUGAUGUUUAGUUUCUCCCUCUAAACCACCGCUUUAUCCUGGUUAGGGUCGUAGUGAAUCCGGAGCCUAUCCCGGGAACACUGCAGUGGCCAGUUUAUAUCAGUCGAAAUCAAGUCUGUGUGUGCAAAGGUAAAAUCGAACCGACCAGUCAGUCAGUGCUGAACUUGUAUUAUCAUAGACCUAUGUUAUGAUUAAGUUUUUGGAACUUUGUGAAUUUGUUUAGAAUUAUAGAAAAAGUCUGUGUGCAUUUAAAUUAUUCUACUUAGUACAGAUUUGGAAAUUGGCCAACUGUCAUAAGACAUACUAUAGAAACAAAUGAGAUUUUUUUUCUUAAUUUAAGUCAUUGUACUGCAUACAUACCUUAAUCUUUUUUUCAUUUUCAUUAGUUAUUCCUUAUGUAUGUUCGAAAUGAUAUCGAUGCCCAUAUUUUUUGUACAUUUUGUACAUAGGAUAUGUUUGUUGCUGUGUUUGUUUUUAAAAUUACCUAUGAGAUGUACAAAUAUAAUUCUGUGCUAAUAUAUAUCAUGGAAUUGAAAGUCUCACAUUGCAAAGAGAGGGGUAAUGAACAUAACUGCAACCUUAAAAAUUGACAUAAGCUAUGGAGCAGUGGGAUGGGAGGACUUUUGGUAUUUCAUAUUUGUAUGUCAUGCGUUGAAUAGCGAAAGCAAAAGAAUGAUUUUAACAGUAGACGGACACUUUUACUCUUUACUGCACAGCCCUACAUACAAAUCAAGUCUCUUUAAUUUGCAUUUAAUUCUUUUAUAAAUACUAAAAGGGGGAUUGUAGGUGUUUCCUAAGGUGCUAAACAUUUUAUCAAAUUGAAAACAAUGUAUUAUUUGGACAAACUUGUCUCGACAAUGACUGUUUUAUGUUUCUUUUAGUAUUGGAAAAGCACUAUUAUUUUACUCUCUCAUAUAAAUAUAUUAACAAAGGCAUUUUAACUUUGUACUUGAAAAAAAAAGAUGAAAAGAUUCUUAUAUUGUUUUAGAAUAGAUCUUGCUGUAGUUGGUGCUUAUCUGUGGGAAAAUCAUGUAUUCAUAUUGGGAAGUAAGAAAAGAAUUGUAAUCAAUCAAUCUUGCUGUUAACAUGUACUUGCUUAUUAUCCAGGCAACAUUGUUUUUAAGUCCUACAUUCCGUGGCAUAAGCCCUCCGUCUUUUUUUUUUUUUAAAUAAGAUCAGUGUUUAUUUUAUAUAUUUUUGGCUUUGGUGGCCUAUUUGUUUGCUCUAGUAACAAUUUCCUGUAUUAUCCUCAGUAUAUUCAGUGUCCUUCAGAAUUAUUGGCACCCUUCAUAAAUAUGAGCAAACAUUACACACAAUAAUAUUUUAUUUUCCACUCAAUAUGAUUAUCUUUGUUCUAACAAAAAUUUUAUCUCAUUGGAACUAUUCUUUUUUUAAAUAAUAGAACUUCGUAUAAAAUAUGUGCCACAAUUAUUGACAGGCUCAAGAAAUGUUUUAAUAAAUGUGAACAAAUACUUGGAAAAACCUAUAUUAUUUUUCAUUUGCUCUCAGCCCCCGGGAACUUCGUUGUUGCCUUUAACCCAAUUUUGUUUCUCUGGGAGAAACAAGAGACAGAUGGUUGUUAACCCUUACAAAUUAGAUAUGGAUGUAAUAUACAGAAGUGAUUAAAAAAUACCAUUAAGCACAGCUGGGGACAGAAUUUUUACAUGUCCGAAACAACUGAACGUUUGCCAUGAUUCGGACUCAUGAGCAUUGCCAGCCAGAAACCAGGCAGGAGAGCGGUGAAGGAGUGAAAAAAGUCAAAGUUCGAUUUUAGAAUUGCGUAGAUUAGUUUAUGCUUGUGGCCAGUUUCAGAGUCAACUGUUAAAUUCCAUCUUCAUAGCAACAGGCUCUGGUGGAAGCACUGCAAGAAAAGCCACCAUUAUACUACAAUUGGCAUUAUGUGUUGUGAUUAGAUGAGAAAAAAAUAACUUUUUGGCUAUACCAUCAGUUUGGCGACUGCAGAAAAUGAAAUGCAUCAUUUGGACCAUUGAUGCUUUAAAGCAGUGCUAUGAUCCGUGGUUAUGGGGAACUUGCAAAGAUAACAUGACAUCAUCAUGAAUUCUGCUAAGUAUCCUGAUCGUCUCUGACAGGAGUUUCAGACUUAUCCGUAAAUGGAUCUUUCAACAUGAUGAGCCAAACUCCAACAUUGGAAAUUCAGUGUUUUGCGUUAGCCAUAUCAGGCUCUGAACCCUCCAAAACCCCUUAAAAUAUGCUGCGUGGAGGAGUGUUUCACAGCUCCCUCUACAAGGGUCUCCAAACUUAUCAGGCAUUACAGAAACAGUCACAGUGCUGUUAUACUCUCCAGGCAUCACGACGUUUUCAUUGGAAGGGGGCUGGUGAUCAUUUUGAAACUGGCAUUUUGUAGAAAACAAUUGCACUACUUAAAUUGUUUUUGUAGGCCUGUAUCUUUAAGCUCAAAAGAUUGCACAUUAGUUUUUUAAUACAUAUUAACGUUUGUUCAUUUUCAUGAAUCGUGCCAAUGAUUCUGGAGAGCACUGUAUAGUUUUUUCCUCAGUGACACUGUUAAUUAGCGUGACCUCUUCUGUGUCAUAACUGUUUUCAAGCCUUCUCUCAUUCUGAGAUCAGCUCAUACAGCAGAUGUAGCAGUCAUUCUCCACCUCUACUCCCUCUCUCUUCUGUUUUGUGCCCAGAACUAAGAAAAAAAGGCUCCUUAUGUACUUGUGCUGGAGAACACUUGAAUAAAUGUAUUGUUUUUUGUGCAAA